CUUUGUUUUCUAUCAACUUAUUUAUUUAAAGUUGAUACUAUUUGUUUGCCGAUAACAUGCUUUGUUCUCUGCACUUCAUGAUAUUCAAUAAAUUAUAGUCUGUUCUAUCAACUUGAAUGGUAAUAAAUUAAAAAUGGAGAAAAGUAUUCUUACUUUUACUAUAAUUUUUGGCAUCUUCCUGAUUGUUCUUCAUAAAAGAUUAAAAUCUAUAAGAUAACACUUUUCUCUAAUUCUCUGAUUGACAACCAAUAUCUGAAAAAGGGUACUCCUCAUUUUAUGCAUCAUAGAUUAGAUAAGCUUUUGACUUAUAUAUCAGAUGUUUGGUAAAACUGUUAUUGAAUGAAAAUUCUAAAUUAAAAUGUUAAAUUUAGAUUUAAGUUUUAUGUUUCAUUCAGCUUUAUUCAAACUGUCGUUUAACCUUUUGUUUUUCUAAGCUUUAAAAACAAUCAUUAGUAACCAAAUAAAACCGAGUUUAGUACAUGUGUUAUAUCAGUUUGCAAUAUCUCAAAGACUCGAAGCAAAUAUGAUGUUUAGGUUCACAACUGUUUAGUAUAUAAAAUUAAAUUGGAAAUCAAUAACAACGAGCAAGUGAUGUACUAUUUUGAGUCGACAGUAAGUAGGUCUGAUAAUGUUAUUGUAAUAAGAAGAUAAUUAUGAUACGAAACAGCACAAGAGGCCAAAACCACGAGCAGAGAAGUUCUGUUUCUUCUCCAAAAUUCAUGUGACUCUUGUCGAAUUCAUCUUCUUCGAUCUGUGUUCUUCAUUUGUCUGGCCAAAUCUCAAAUCCCAAAGAUUGAAACAAGAAUCGUCAUCAUGAAAGAGGAUAACAAGAAGACGAUGACGAAGCAGAUAACUACGAGGCGCGACGACACGCCGCUACACACGGCGGUCAGAGAAGGCAAAACAGAGAUUCUCUUAGAGAUGAUCGGCGAACACGACGACGACGGCGCAGAGCUGAAAGAGCUGCUGGCGGAGCAAAACCAGUCAGGUGAAACGGCUCUGUACGUUGCAGCUGAGUUCGGCCACACCGACAUGGUCAAGAUUCUGAUGAAACACUCCGACUCCGUCUUAGCCGGAACCAAAGCCAAAAACGGCUUCGACGCCUUCCACAUCGCCGCCAAAAACGGCAAUCUAAAGGUUCUUGAUGUGUUAAUGGAGGCAAACCCGGAGCUAUCGUUUACAUUCGAUUCAUCCAAAACGACAGCGCUUCACACGGCGGCUUCACAAGGGCAUGGAGAGAUUGUCUGUUUCCUGUUGGACAAAGGUGUGGACUUAGCAGCUAUUGCGAGAAGCAACGGUAAAACCGCUUUGCACUCUGCCGCUAGAAACGGGCACACGGAGAUUGUGAAGGAGCUGAUUGGGAAGAAAGUUGGAAUGGUUACGAGAGUCGACAAGAAAGGUCAAACCUCGCUUCAUAUGGCGGUUAAAGGACAGAACGCUGAGAUCGUUGAUGCGUUGAUGAAAGCAGAUCCUUCGUUGAUCAAUGCUGCUGAUAAUAAAGGAAACACUCCUCUGCAUAUCGCUGUCCGUAAAAACAGAGCAGAGAUUGUUCAGACGGUUUUACAGUACGAUGAAGUGAGUAGAGUGGCGGUUAACAAAUCAGGAGAGACAGCUCUUGACAUCGCUGAGAAGACCAGCCUUCACGAGAUUGUACCGCUUCUUCAGAAGAUCGGUAUGCAGAACGCAAGAUCCAUCAAGCCAGCUGCAAGUGUUGAACCAUCAGGCUCCUCUAAGAAACUGAAAGAAACGGUCAGCGAGAUAGGCCACGAGGUGCACACUCAGCUCGAACAAACCGUGAGAACGAGGAGAGAGAUCCAAGGAAUCGGCAAACGUGUCAACAAAAUGCACACGGAAGGACUCAACAACGCCAUAAACUCGACGACUGUCGUAGCCAUUCUCAUAGCAACCGUUGCCUUUGGAGCUAUCUUCAACGUUCCAGGCCAGUACACGGACGAUCCUAAAAACGUUCCUUCAGGGUAUACACUCGGAGAGGCGAGAGCAGCUUCGAGACCCGAGUUCUUGAUCUUUGUAGUGUUUGAUUCUUUCGCGCUCUUCAUCUCUCUAGCUGUUGUUGUGGUUCAGACAUCGGUUGUGGUUAUAGAGAGGAAGGCUAAGAAGCAAAUGAUGGCGAUAAUCAACAAGCUAAUGUGGAUGGCUUGCAUAAUGAUCUCGGUGGCGUUCUUGUCGCUGUCUUUCGUAGUUGUGGGUGAUAAGGAGAGGCCGUUGGCGAUUGGUAUAACAGCCAUUGGAGCUUUGAUUAUGGUUUCAACACUUGGGACUAUGUGUUAUUGGGUUGUUGCUAAUAGGAUUGAAGGGUCUAAGUCGUCUCCAGCUUCAAUGAUGUCAGAUGCUGAUUUAGUUGAUCACAAGCAUAACCGGAAGCUUUAUGCGGUUUGAUUGGAGUGAAAGAGAUAGUAGUUGAAGAAGACACAUUCAAGAACAGAGAGAUUUUUGUAUCCAGAAAUAAAAGGAGAUCUCUUUGUUUGUGAAGAUUCUGUAUAUGUAAUGUAAGAAAUGAAAAAUAGUAUAUACCAUUGUAUAAGCUUUUACCUAAACAUUACGUUGCAAGUAACAUAAGAAAAGUAAUGGAUUACUUAUCAGCCGGGUCUCGCUUUGUAUGACCUAGGCUACCUA